AUGCCUACAGAAGUCGAAGGAACUCACAAGAUCGGGGACGUGUCUUUGUACACCAAAACAUGGCUCCCCGAUGAUCCCCCAAAAGCAAAACUGAUCUGGAUCCACGGCUUCAAUGACCACAUCAACCGCUAUUAUGGUCUCUUUCCAUAUCUCGCCAGCCGCGGCAUCGCAACCUACGGCUUCGAUCAACGCGGCUGGGGACGUAGCUCCACCAAUCAGUCUGACUGGGGCUUGACAGGCCCAACAUCCCUCGUGGUUUCGGACAUCGCAUCGUUCAUCCGCACGCAGCUUCCCUCCUCCGUUCCCGUCUUCGUCGCUGGCCACAGCAUGGGCGGCGGCGAGGUCCUGACCCUAGCUUCCGAUCCUCAGUACGAGGACCUCAUGCCGCAGAUCCGCGGCUGGAUCCUAGAGAGCCCAUUCAUAGCGUUCCCCAAGGGUUACGAGCCUUCAUUCCUCAAGGUCUUUUUUGGACGCUUGGCGGGGAAGUUGCUCCCGCAUGUGAAACUCUAUAAUCCUCUCCCCCCGGAGAACUUGACGCGUGACCCGGCUGUCAUCCAGAGCAUGAACGAGGAUAAGCUGUUGCAUGGCACGGGAACUUUGGAGGGUUUGGCGGGGUUGCUGGAUCGAGCGGCCGCUUUGCAGGCCGGGGAGACGAAGUUGAAUAAAGGGGUUAGGGCGAUUUGGUUGGGACAUGGCACGGCCGAUAAGGGAGUGUCUUAUGAAGCGAGUAAAAAGUGGUUUGACGACCAGACUCAGGUGCAGGAUAAAGAGUUCAAGACAUACGAAGGUUGGUAUCAUCAGUUGCAUGCAGAUUUGCCGGACAAUAGGGAUGUGUUUUCGAAGGAUGUUGCCGAUUUUAUUCUUGCCAGGUGUGGGGAGGAAGGUAGGGUUGGGGGUGGGUCGAAAUUGUAA